GGCAUUUCUCUCCUCUCGAGCUGUCACGCUGACAGCUCGAGAGGAGAGGAGAGCCAGGCACUGAUGAUCAGUGUGGCCCCAGAAGUGCCACCUGUCAGUGUCCAUCAGCGCCAGCUUUCAGUGCUGAACAGUGCCACGUGCCAGUGCCCAUCAGUGCCACAUCAAUGCCACAUAUCAGUGCCUACCAGUGCACAUCAAUGUCACCUAUCAGUGCCAGUCAGUGCCACCUAUCAAUGCCAAUCAGUGCCACCUAUCAGUGCUGCCAAUCAGUGCCACCUAUCA